AUGGGCUGGUUCUCCUCCGACCCCAAAGCGAAAGACGCCGCAUAUGUUCCGCCCGACCGCGAGGCGCGCAACCGCUGCUGGGAGGCCCGCGACACCUUCUACGACUGCUUGGAUAAGCACAGCAUCGUCAAUCCGCUGGAAGAUGACCGGACGAAGAAUGCAUGCCCGAAGGAGCUGGCGGGGUUUGAGAAGAAUUGCGCGUCGAGUUGGGUGAAAUACUUCCAGCAGAAGAGAUACGCGGAUUUCAGGAAAGAGGAGUCGUUGAGGAAGUUGAAGGAGCAGGGUGCGGAGUUUGUUGGAGAGUUGAGUGGGGGGCCUGGGAAGUGA